AAAAGAAAAAAGAAGAAGAAGACAAACCAAAAAAAAAUAAAUUGAUGAAGAAGCGGAACUUAGUUUUCAUUUGAUUGAAGGAACACCUGGACUUGUUAAAAAAAUAAACUGAUUACAACACUCCCAGCUCCUGUGAGCCCACGGCAAUAAACCGCCCGAAAUCGCAAUGAAUCGCAAUUUUCGUCACACCAAACCCAACCCAUCAAAAAGAGGUAAAGCGCCUCAAGUGAAUACCCGAGGUCGCAACUCACCAGGAACCUUUUUCAAUAAGCCAUUGCACAGCUCCUCCGAUCAUGGAAGCCAACAAUUGGAUGAAAAUCCAUUUAGCCAUUUAGCAUUGGAAAUCGAAAUGGAUCGGCUAGUACAACCGAAAGUGUCGUCUAAUCCAUUUGAUAACGGUGUUAUGCCAUCAUUCGAUGACCGUGCAAUUGACGAAGAUUAUCGAAAUGAAACAGCAAAAAAAUUUGGCGCCGACCCAUUUGGACGAAAUCAUGUCGACAGACAACAUCGGCCGGCCACACGACAAUCGGCUAAAGAAUUGACCAUUCCACCGGUUCUUACAAAUGAUGUUAGACCAAUUGAUGUAAGACCACCUGCCCGGAUUGUGAAAGACGUCAACGCAGCCACGACGACUACCGCUGUGACAGUAGCAUCAAUUCGUGAGCCGACGAUUGUUAAGAAAAUUCCCGAUGUAGAUGACGAGCUCGAUUUAGAUGACUUCCCGCCGAGGCCACCCGUUAUGUCUUCAAUUGAUUUGAAGCCACAAAUCAAUAUUCGAAGUCGUGGUGCUGUCGUUACCAAAGAAGAUGCAAAACCUCGUUUCAAUGCACCCACUGAGCGUAAACCGAUGAUUGUGCCCCCAGUCCCAGUAAAACCAGUUGUACAUCCACCAAAACAAAUUUCACAUCCAGCACUGACGAAACCGGUAGCACAGUCUGCACCAACGAAACCUGCUGUACAUGCAUCGACCGCAAAACCGGUCAUAGACUAUUUUGGAACAAAUUCGUCGGAUGACGCGAAGCAAGAAGUCGACCAGAAAGAGGAAUAUUUCCGCGAAUCACAAAUCGAGGCGAACAAAAUGCUAUUCGGUGUGGCAGAGCCAACGCGUCCGCUCACCAACAGCGAGGUGUCGAAGCGUAAGAAGUUAAUUUUGAAGCUGGUCGAUCAGAAACUGAAACAGAAACUAACGGAACUGAUGAGUCGAUUGAGCGAACGGUCCAACGUAGAAAACAGUGCUCCGUCAAGUGGGGAACUUAACGACAGUUUUGCCGAUCAAUUGGAAAAUCUAGUGCCCGACUCCAUACCCGAUAAUGCGAAUCCCGAGCACACUCAAAAUUGGACAGCGUAUCCAUCGGAAGCUAGUGAACAGACGUGGAACAAUUUUCAACAAACGGAAAUUAGUAACCCUCAAGACGGUCCUUGGCCAGUCCGGCCACCGUAUCAGCAAAAUCCCGGAUGGAUGGCCCAACCGAUGAAUUUAUUUCCGCCUGGCGUUGAUCCGAUGCAGAACAAUCGCUUUCCCAGAAUGCCUCCGAUGAGACCACAGUGGAAUGCAAGCCCAUGGCAACCUCAUAUGAGACCACCGGACCUGCAAUGGCAACAGCAACAUAAUUGGAAUAUGCCCGGUCGACCAAUGAAUCCACAUUUAAUGCAACCGAACAUUAAUCUAAUGUAUCCAGUGGACAAACAGCUCGCAAACUCUGAUUUGACACCGUUUCCUGUGCCGCCGGUUAAUCAAUUGCCAGUCGAAAAACCUGCCGCAGAGAUCGAAUUGGAAUUGAAGGAGAAAGAAUUUCUUGAGCGAACGUUGAUGAUCCCGAAAAAUAGUUCGCAACGUAAGCACACCGAAUCCCACAGACGAAACCUUCCUGAAAAAUCAAGACGUCGAUCACCUCCGAGACAAAGACGCUUUUCACGAGAUAGGGAGAGAGACCGUGACCGUGACCGUAAACGGAGCCCACGAGAUAGACCAAGACGUGACAACCGAUCACCGCAUAGCCGAUCAGCUGAACGAAUUGCACACCGCAAUGUAAUAUCGCCGUCCGACAUAUCAUCGUUUGCAGUCUCGCCACCUGGUCCAUUCCGAAAUCGAAGUGUUUCGAUGGAGGAUAUCCGCGAGUUGAUGUACGAUAACGACGACCACUUCGAACCACCACCCAUGCUACAUUACGCAUCGAGAUCAAGAUCCAGAGAUUCUCGUUCGGAGGACUUACGUGUACGGUUGUCGACGAAGCGACAAAACAUAUAUCGCAGUCGAUCACCAGCCGAUUUACGUAACAAAUUGACCGACAAUCGUCAAACCCGAAACGAUGAUUUGCGCCAUCAACUUGCUGGACAAUCGUAUAAAUCGCAUAAACGAUCCAGGUCUGGAUCGUCCCGGUCACGUUCGCGCGGUCAAUCGAGUAAAAAAAUGACGAAACUCGAUGCCGACGAUUCCGAAUGGCAGAAAUUCAACAACAUCGUCGGUAUGCUGAUGAAUAUCGAUCGGGAUGCUGAACUGACGUCAGAGGAAAUGGUCGAGAGGAAAGAGAUAAUGCGGCUCCUGUUGGAAAAUCCCGAUUUACUGGAACUGGACGACAAGUUUGUGUACAAAUUCGGCAAGGGUCGCUUGAAUUUGGCAGUCAAAGAAGCCGAAAACAUUCUCUAUCCGAACGGUGUGCCAGACGAACGUAUCGCUUCAUUAAUUUCGAAGAAAAUCGCCGCAUUGCCAAUCGAAAAGAAACCAACUUCCACCAAAUCCGACAAAUCCACAGAAGCGAAGGAUACCAUUCCGAUUGAGUGGAUAAAAUUGGGUAACAUAAUCGAUCAAAUGCUGCGUCUGACCUUAGAUGAACGAAAGAAUUUAACUGCCAAUGAUAAACGGAUGCUCGAGAGAGACGAACUCUUGCUGAAGAUCUCCGACGAUCCUGACUCGCUGUUAAAGCUGGGAUCAAAGUAUGGGCACCGGAAUGUUGACUGGGCUUGCAAAUUCGCGUAUAAAAUCCUUUAUCGCAAUGGUAUCCGUGACAAGCGAGUCGAUCAGUCGAUUGCAAAAGAAAGGAAGAGAGCGAUGGAACGAAUCGCAACGAUGAGAAAAUCGAGAAACUCAGCCGAAAGUCACAAAUCGGCUGAAAGUGACAGUAGAUCCAGUUCGAGCGAAUGGAAUCAACUGACUGCGCUGGUGACGAAACUCGUACAGAGUUCGUUAGAAAACUUUGAGAAGAUGACACGCGAAGACGAUAGACGUAGAGACGAUCUUCUGGUCCAAAUGUCGCGCGAUCCAGAUUCCAUUCGAUCUGAUACUAAAUUUACGGACAAUAUUGACAAGGCUGUCGUCGAUGACACCAUCAAACAGUGCAAAGAAAUUAUUGCCAGUGUCAAGUCGAAUAGUGAUAAGUCCGUGAUCACCGAGUUCGAACGUCAACGCACUAAAUUGAUCAAUAUUUUGAACAGCAAGACUCAACGCACUACGGCCUACGAUCAAAUAAUUUUGCGACUUUCGGGCAUAUUUGGAAAAAAGCAAGAGAAAUGGACAGCCGACGAGAAGAAAGAGCGGGAAAUGCUUACCGAAGCAAUGAUCAAAGAUCCAGAAUCCCUUCGAACGAACACAAAAGCACUGGAACGAAUUGGCGACGACAAACUGGCAGUCGAUGAGAUCAUAGCUGAUGUCAAACAAAUCUUGUCGCAACUGGAUCCAUCCAGAGCAAGAGGUCCGAAAAAAUUCCACAUUUCGUACACCAAAGUCAUUGACAUUCCGUUCGUUGUGAAAAUCGAGGAUGCUUCCGAUCAAUUAGACGAUACAACCAAAACGGUGCUACUGAAAGCGCUACGCGAGAUGAUAAGUGAAAUCGAGAAUCCACCGAAACCGAAAUUGCUGCAGCAGAGAUACAUCGACCGGCGAGUGGAAGUCGUCUGUGCAAAUUUGCUCACAUUCGAAUGGUUGAAGCGUGUGAUUGUGUCCGAUUUCAAGGACAAAUGGGUUGGUGCUGACCUGAAAAUCGAACGCGUUCCCGUGGACAUAAAAAUACCCCGCGACAAACUGAAAUCCGUUGAGGUCGUGUUCAAAGACAGCCGAGCGACGUUACCAUUCGACGAGAUCGUCAGGGAAUUGCGUCGAGAAAAUUCGAAAUUGUAUCCGGAACGAUGGGAAUUGCAGGAUAGUCGUGGCAAAAGUGGCGAUUACAAGAAGAAAAUCGUUGGCAUUGACAUUGAAUCGUUGGCUGCCUUGGAACAGGCGAAUCGAUUUGCGCACAUGGGACGUUCGUUGGUUUAUUUUGAUAUUUCUUAUAUGGGCGACAAUGUACCGAAUUUUGAGGCGACUUGUCAGUAGUUUUUAGUCGAAAAAAUUGUGGCAUUUUCUGUUGAUCGUAAAAUAAAUGGAAAUUUAAUAAAA